CAGCAAUGUCUCCACUCCAAGCUCCCCUCCGCACCGCCCUCAUCGGCCUCUCGUCUUCUGCAACAACAUCAUGGGCCUCCACAGCCCAUCUCCCAGGCUUACUAACUUCCGCCGGACGUUCCAAGCUCCCGAUAGUCGCUCUAUUGAACAGCAGUGUUGACGCUGCGCAAGCAUCCAUUAAGACGUACGGCCUACCGGACUCCACCAAAGCCUUCGGCUCUCCCGAUGACCUCGCGAGUGACCCAGACGUCGACCUCGUAAUCUGCAAUACGCGUGUUGAUAAGCACUAUGAAACUAUCCUACCUAGCGUCAAGGCCGGAAAGGAUGUAUACGUCGAGUGGCCGAUCGCUGCGAACCUAAAUGACAUCGAAGAGUUAGUACACGAGGCGAAGAAAAGCGGAUCGAGGGUUGCGGUGGGACUGCAGCGACGAUGGGCGCCGCCAGUAGUGAAGAUGCGAGAGUUACUGCAAGAUCCAAGGUUGGGACAGGUGCUGAGUGCGGAUGUGCGAGCUUUUGGCGGGACCAACGACAGAGAGAUUUUGCCGGUGGGGUUGAAGUACUUCGCGCAGAGGGACGUUGGUGGAAAUCCAAUCACGAUUGGAUUUGGACAUGUGUUCGACUUCGUGCUGUCCGUCCUGGGCGAACUGGCUCCUGAAUCGGUUCAUACCAAAAUGCAGCUCCAACGACCGGACGUUCGCAUUCGAGAUCCCGAGUCCGGAAGAAUCGUUGAUACUAUCCACUCAGACGUUCCAGAUCUUCUCUCCCUCCACGGUGCCCUUCAACCCUCUCCCCAAACAGCAACUUCAGCAACGCUUUCUUUCCUUUUCCGCCGCGGCCAGCCUUUCCCCGGCACACCAUCUCUCAGCUGGACGAUCAACUGCGAGUACGGCGAGAUCCGCCUCGUCUCUCCCUCAGGCCUUGCGCUUCAGGCCAGUGCCUACGACGAGCCCGUGACUAUCCAUAUUCAUUGGUUUGAAGAUGAUCGCGUAGAGGAUGUCAAGUUCGAAUGGAGCAAGGAGCAGGAAGAAGUGCCUAUCCCCGCUAGAAGCGUGAUGAGGAGUCUGUAUGCGUUUGCGGAUGGGAAGGAGGAGGGAGAUGGGUGGGUAAGCCUCGAAGAUGCCGCCAGGAGGGCGAGACAGAUCGAGGGCUUCUUGGCGGAAUGGGGAAAAAGUCAGGGUUAGAAGACGGAGUCGAAAGUGAAGCAUUAUCACGAAUUAGUGGGCACAUCGUCUGCAAAUAGAACCACGAAUGCACGCGUUUUCUAUCC